UAGAGGCGCAGGAGCAACAUGGCGGCGCUCACGGAGCCCCUAGACAGCAUAUCGGGCAGCGCGAGCAGCAGCAGCAGCAGCAGCGAUGGAGCCUCCAGUCCGGAGGCGGACGGCGAACGGCUCCCCGAGCACGUGAUGGAGCUCGUGGACAGAGAGAUCGGCGGCGAUCUCAAGUGUUUGAAGAAGGUCAGCGGUCUUCUGGAAAAGCUCACGGCGGAGAACAAGGCGCUGGAGGAGCAGGUGCUCACUGUGUCCAGCUCGGUGCCCCUGCGGGUGUCGGCGGCCUUGUCAGCGGCAGAGGAGUCCCGGCGGACGCUUGAAGAGCUUCUUCAGAAGGAGCGUUUGCUCUCCGACACGCUGCUGCGGCACCUGCAGGGGUCGCAAAGCUGGGCGGACAGCCUGGGGCAGAAGCUCGGCCAGCUGGACACCGUGGAGCGUCACGUCAAGUACCUGCAGUGCCUCGCCCACAUCGAGGAGCUCAGCGACAGCAUCCAGCAGUUCCUGAUGACCAGCAGUGUGUGGGAGGCCGUGGGGGCCGUCGGCACCAUGGCCAAACUAGACCUCGGCUUGAAGGAGUCCCGUUGUGCCCACCUCCAGGCCCACCUGAGGGAGACGCUGCGCUUCUGGCACAAGAUCCUCAAGGACCGGCUGGCCAGUGACUUUGACGAGGUGCUGACCCAGCUGCAGUGGCCUUUCCUCUCCCCUCCGGUGGCUUCUCUCUCACCUCCCGCUAAUGCCGCAGAGCUGGCCUCCCAGUUGGAGCUGCUGGUCUCCCAGCUGCUCUCCCUGCAGACCUCCGAUGACCUCACUGCGGAGAGCAAACUGACGCCCUCCCGGCCAGGCCUAGCCCCCGCCACGCCCCUCUCCCUUCCCAUCCAGAUCAUGCUGCUGCCCCUGAGCAAGAGGUUUCGCUACCACUUCGCUGGGAACCGGCAAACCAACUCGCUCAGCAAGCCUGAGUGGUUCCUGACCCAAGUUCUGAUGUGGAUGGGAUACAGCUCUAAUUUUAUGGAAGAGAAGAUCCAGCCCAUUCUGAACCGAGCCAGAGCCAACAUCAAUGCCAAGGUGGAGCUGUGCCGUGGGCUUCUGUCUCUGGUACAGGAGAAGCUGGCGUCGGAUGCGCCGCGGCUGCUCUACGACGACGCUCUCUUCUGCCACCUCGUGGACGAGGUGCUGCAGUUUGAGCGCGAGCUACGUACGACGCACGGCUACCCCAGCUCGCUCCCUGGCGCCCUUCCCAUCCUUCUCGAGGAGUCCAUCUUCCAGAAGUGGCUCAGCGUCGAGAAGAAGAUGGCCGUGGAGAAGGUGGACGCCAUGCUCUCUGCUGAGGGGGCUUGGAGCUCCCAGUACAGAGACAUCACCGAUGUGGACGAGCUGAAGGCCCCGGACUGUGCCGAGACCUUCAUGACCCUUCUGCUGACUAUCACAGACCGAUACCGCUCGCUGCCCUGCCCGCGCGCCCAGCUCAGCUUCCUGGCCCUGCAGAAGGAGCUGGUGGAUGACUUCCGCAUACGCCUCACCCAGGUGAUGAAGGAGGAGUCCCGCUGCCCGCUGGGUGCCCGCUACUGUGCAAUCCUCAAUGCGACCAACUACAUCUCCUCUGUGCUGAGCGAUUGGGCCGAUAACGUGUUUUUUCUGCAGCUGCAACAGGCUGCCGUGUCCCUGGGGGAGGAGGUCUGGGGACCCCUGGGGGCAACGGAGGUUGGUCGACUGGCAUCGCUGGAGGGCUCUAUAUUUGAGGGGUUGCUGGGGCUUCUAGAGCGACUGAAGGGGGACAUGCUGGGGCGCCUCCUGGAUGCAGUCAUGAGGGAGGUGCGAGAGAAGGCCCAGCCCUACUGCCGGGACAGGUGGCUGUCUCUGCCUUCGCAGUCAGACCAGGCCACCAUGUCUCUGUCCAGCUCAGCAUGUCCCAUGAUGCUCUGCAUGCGGGACCGACUACUUCAACUGCAGCAGCUCCUAUGCUUGCCGCUGUUCCAGAGCUUCUGGCAGGGUCUGGCGGAAAGGCUGGACCACUUCCUCUACCAGGAUGUCAUUCUGUGCAACCACUUCAAUGAAGGGGGAGCUGCACAGCUGCAGUUUGACAUGAUGAGGAACCUCUUUCCCCUCUUUGGACACUACUGCAAGAGGCCCGAAAACUUUUUCAAACAUGUGAAGGAGGCCUGCAUCAUCCUGACACUUAACGUGGGAUCUGCCCUCCUGCUGCGGGACGUGUUGCAGCAGAGCCAGGAGGAGGGCGAGAACUUUUCCUCCGAAGCUCAGAAGCCCCUCCCAGAAUCAGCGCUCAAUGAACUGGGAGUGUACCGCCUGGCACCCUGCGACGUGCUCAUCCUGCUCAGUCUGAGGGCAUCCUGGCCGGGGAAGUGAUGGAGGAUAAGACAGAGGGUCACAUGUCCCAUAAUGCAGAGCUUGCAAGAAGGACCACUCCUUGAGGGCAUCAUGACCACCUCUGUGCUGCAAUGACAAAACUUAUGACAUCAACAGCUUCGAUAUCGAUCCCUUCUGCCACUGACUGAUACCAAUUUGAGCAUCUUUUUCUGGGAAGAGCAGCAUCCCUCCAUCGGCUGGAUCUCCAAGGCCACCUUAUGCAGCACCACGUGUCACCUUCUACCAAGAGGACUGCACUUUUUGUGGUUUCUCUACAGGUUGACAUUGCAGCCUUACAGUUCAGUGACAGCAAACCCUUAAUAAGAUACUCAACAAGCAAAUCAACAAUUAGAAUAAAUGAAUAAAAUGUCUCAACUCCAGAUUUUUUCAUAAGACAGUAAAUUUACAAAUGAAAGUGAAAAUAGCAAAGCAUGAAAAUAUCAAAAUAUAACAAAGCAUACACAGGGAAAAUUGGGAAAAUCAUUUAUUUCCUAACAAUAAGAUGAUUUUGUCCUGUUUUCUAUAUAAUUCUUUUUAAAGUUGAGCGCAUGACCUUUAGACACCGCAGCAUUUCCACUUCUCGUCUUCCACGCUUCUUUUCAAGUGCCCACCUCCUCUUCCUGAUAGAAAACAGACUCCAGCACUGCUCUUUUCCAUUUAGUUUGCAGUUCCAGUAGCUCCUGGGAGCUACUGCAUGAUGUUUUUUUUUUCUUCUUGGGGGCGGGGGGGACAGGAUGCAACCUCUGUUGUCUUGAGUGAAAGAGCAGCCGGGACUGGGGCUGCUGCUCAGUGUUUGCAGGGGCAGCUUAACAGCAGAUGGAGUGAAAGGCUGAAUGGAGGAGAUGGAUCCUGGCAAUGGUGGUAGGAGCGGUGUUCCUACGCCUUGUGUAAAAAGGCUGUCAAUAGCCUAAAAACAUAAAGAGAAAAAAUAAGUCACUGAAGACAUUUUUAGCACUGAAUGCUGAAAACAAUGCAGCCACAAACAUACCUCAAAGAACUCCCAGUUUACUCUUCCAUCGCCACUUUCACGACAUCGCUCCUUGGCACGUUUGUAUGUCGUUAAAAGGUUACCCCCUUUCUUCCUUAUUUUACUCAAAAAUUAUAUCCCCUCUUUUUGCAAAGCUCCUGCAGCUUGUUAUAGAACUGACGUUUAUGCUUAUUGUACAAAUCCCAGUUUUCUCUUGUCAGGUCUAUGAGGAGCAGGGUUGUGCUGUUGCUGAAGCCUAGAAUGGAGACAUUGACUGCAAUGAAACACCAGUUUGGGUGGAAAUGUUAUGUGUGAAAAGUCAAACAGUGGCUUCCACUCACAUUCAAUCGACUGAUUGC